AUGCCACUCGGCGACACGGAAUUCGCAUCGACAAACCGGGAUGGCCACCUCGACGAUGGCGACGACAGCAGGGUCAUUGAGAGGAGCAAUGUCGAGCGACGUCGCUACCGCUUGGUGAGGCUGCCGAAGAUGUACACGCCUGGACACCGGAAGCGUUACCUCGUCUUGAGCUUGGACAACAUUGCAGGCUCGCUGAUGUUGAGCAACUUGCUAUACGAGCGCAUUGAUGGAGCCACAAGUUCACGUGAUGUUUACCUCAACUUUGGAGCGCUAACCAGACACUUGAGCGGCAGUAACCUGGUGAAGUUCCAACUAGCCACCUACAACAAGACAAGUCCGUGCGUCGCCCAUGCGCUGGAGAGAUUUGGCUGGAAAACAAAGUCCGUAGCGAGCGCUGAUAAGACAAUGUACAAGGAGUUGAUGGGGCAGCUAUACAAAGGAGCGGUGAACUCCAACGGGAAGACCCUGGUCUUGGCGACAGGCGAUGGGUGUCUCGGUACUUGCAAUACGAACGCGUAUCGUGAGAUCAUUUGCAUGUUCUUGAAGGAAGGCUGGUAUGUGGAGAUCCACGCGUGGCUGUACGCCCUGAACAACGGGUACCUGCGGCUGCAAAAAGAGCAUCCUGGUCGCGUGGUGGUGAAGCCUCUGGACGACGUCAUCUGCGAGUUGGCUCAGCCGAAUGAGCGAGGAUGCCGGCCCUGGUCGUCAGCUGACUCCAUGAACAAGACCUCGCCAACUGAAAACAGUCAUAUCGAAGCUCGUCCCUAUGCGCACCCCACUCAGCCAGCGUAUCGUCGACCUGUGGGCGCACCAGAAGCUUGGAGUCAACGCGCCAGGGCUCCUGCGUCUGGCAAUGCAUCGGUUUGGCCCGCGUCGCUGGCGGAGCGUCUGUGCAGAGCGCCCUCGACCCAGCACCGCCUUAAUCCCGCGCCUAAAGCGACACCGUCUCCACCUUCUUGGGCAGCAGUGGUCACGGAAGGCCGAACGCCUCGCACAGCGACACCUCCAACAGAGAACUCGUCGCCGGGGUCGUCGGUCUCUGAUCUCGGUGGGUUUUCACACGCUGAAGAACCUUUGUCACCGACGACAUUUGGUUGGCCGCCAGCUGCGUGGCGCCCUCCCGCUACGCCGCCGCUCCGUCCCCCAGUGCAGACGCUGCGCUUGUCGCCCAUGCACUCCGGACUGAUGUGGAGUCUGCAGCUACAGCAGAUGCAGGACCUGCUUUCGUCGCAGCAGGCCGACCUCGCCAUGCGGCAGACCGUUUUGCGCCAGACGACCGAGAUGAUGCGCUUGAUGCGCGAGCAGGAGCAGCGCUGGCCGUCGGAUAGCGGCGCCUAUCGCCAGGCGAGAGACCCACUCAACCCGUGGGCCGGCGCGCGGGGGUUCUUAACGUAG